UUCUCGGCAAGAUGGCAGCACCCGCAGUCCCGGCCAGCGCUCCUCCCGCCACGCCGGCUCCAGCCCCGGCCUCAGCCGCGGCGCCGGCCCCGGCUGUUACCCCAGCAUCGGCCCCAGCUUCAGCGCCAGCAGCGCCUCCAGCGGCUCCGGCUCCUGCUACUUCUUCUGACCCUGCGGCGGCAGCCACGCCUGCGGCUCCCGGCCAGACCCCGGCCUCAGCGCCGGCCCCGGCGCAGACGCCGGCUCCCUCGCUGCCGGGUCCCGCGCUCCCUGGGCCCUUCCCCGGUGGCCGCGUGGUCAGGCUGCACCCUGUCAUCUUGGCCUCCAUCGUGGACAGCUACGAACGACGCAACGAGGGCGCCGCGCGAGUUAUCGGGACCCUGCUGGGGACUGUUGACAAGCACUCAGUGGAGGUCACCAAUUGCUUCUCGGUGCCACACAAUGAGUCAGAAGAUGAGGUGGCAGUUGACAUGGAAUUUGCUAAGAACAUGUAUGAACUGCACAAAAAAGUCUCUCCAAAUGAGCUCAUCUUGGGCUGGUACGCAACAGGCCACGAUAUCACAGAGCACUCGGUGCUGAUCCAUGAGUACUACAGUCGGGAGGCCCCCAACCCCAUUCACCUUACCGUGGACACAAGUCUCCAGAAUGGCCGCAUGAGCAUCAAGGCCUAUGUCAGCACGUUGAUGGGUGUCCCUGGGAGGACCAUGGGAGUUAUGUUCACACCUCUGACGGUGAAAUACGCAUAUUACGACACCGAACGCAUUGGAGUGGACCUGAUCAUGAAGACCUGUUUUAGCCCUAACCGGGUGAUCGGCCUCUCAAGCGACUUGCAGCAAGUAGGAGGAGCGUCGGCGCGCAUCCAGGACGCACUCAGCACAGUGCUGCAGUAUGCGGAGGACGUGCUGUCUGGAAAAGUGUCUGCUGACAAUACGGUGGGCCGUUUCUUGAUGAGUCUGGUUAAUCAAGUACCCAAAAUCGUUCCGGACGACUUUGAGACCAUGCUCAACAGCAACAUCAAUGACCUACUGAUGGUAACCUACCUGGCCAACCUCACACAGUCCCAGAUCGCCCUCAAUGAGAAACUCGUCAACCUAUGAAUGGGACCUACAUGUUAGCACACCGAGGAGAGUGGGUUGCUGAAUGCUGUCAGAAGAAAAGCCAGAAGGGGCAGAGCAAGAAGUGGUUUCUCUGUGGUCUUGGGUCACACUUGAGUCAGCUGCUGUGGCUCUAAAUAAACAUAGCCCACCUUUUGUAAGUGAA